UGAGCGCAACAACACAGAGAGACUGGAGCAGAAGAGCGAUUUGAGCACAGAAAUGUCAUGGACUGAGCUCAGGAGGAGCAGGGGAGGAAAACGCUCCUCCACCGAGGAGAAACUGGAUGAAUAUUUAAUCAGCCUGCAGCAGAAAAACAGGGCUCUGAGGCGGCUGCAGAAGAAAGACCCCCGGCGGGAGGAGCUGGAGCUCCUGGAGCAGGGCUUUAACCUCUACAUCAACGGCGCUCACGUGAGCAGCUCCAGCAGAAGAACCGUUCGGCCCACCGCAGCGCCCCCUCCAAACACACACAGAAGCACACAGACCGCAGAUUCCUCCAGAUUGAGCGGAGAGAAGUGCGAGUCAGAUCCACAGAAACAACGGAGUCACACGGCACCUGAGAAAACACACAGACGACAAUGGUUGCAGGAAUCAAUGUACAUCUGCACUGAGACUGGAAAUAAAGUGAAGAUUUCUCCAGAACACAAAUAUUCAGAUGACUUUGAGCCGUUUGAGAGUGUGGAUAUGGAGGUGAGCACCUGCACGAUUCCAGAUGUGUUUUACAUGUUUAAUGAUAACUGUGUUUCUCGGUGUCAGUCUCCUCAUGAAAGACGCUCAAUCGGUCUGAAGUCACACAGUGAACCAGAGACUGUCGACAGAGUUCUUCUGAAUCCUGACCAGGUCAAAGCGUUACGGAGAAGCCUGGAGGUGAGCGUCGGCCGAAGCGGCCGGGACUCGGCCGGAGAAGAGUCAGAGGAGGAAUGGAUCGAGGAACAGCUCGAACGAGAAGAGAGCAGUGACAGCCUCCCUGAGAUCACACUCCCCGUCCAACCCACAAAUCAGCCAAUCAACAAACAGCUCAGUUACGGCGACCUCAUCAUGCUGGAGUUUAGUCGCUCGACUCAAGGUGAGCGUUCUCUCUCGGCUAAAAGAAAAGAAAACGUUGAGUCGUACAUCCCUACCAAAGCCGCCCCUGUGAGGAGACAGACAGAGAGAGCGUCUGAGACGCCACACGACACGUCACGGUCAUGGCGUCGUAUAGAGCGCCCCCUGUCUGCGGCUCGUAAAGUGCAGGAGGAGAGAGAUUCAGAAGAGACGGCCGGCAGUGUGUUUCAGGCCCUGCGGAGAGAAAACACACACACGCAGGGAGACAGCAGACCACGUCAUCACACAACGGAGCAGGAUGAGGACGAUGAAGAAGAUGAUGAUGAAGGUCAUAAUCAUGUCAUCAGAGCUAUGAAGAGAAUCGCUCUCAUGGAACCCAGACAGCAGAAGUGUUUGUUAAACGCUCUGGAGAGGAUUGAUGUUGAGGAUCAGUCCGGUCUCACUAACGCGCACAUCACCGAUGACAGCAUUACUCUGAGUAACCAGAGAGAAGCAUCCAUUCCACUAACGUCGACCCUUUACGUUACCAUGGAGAUCUUGUCAAACUGGGGUCACCCGAGUCAGGUCGGGCUCACCGAAAUUCAAUUCUUCUGUCCACAAAAUCAAAAACUCUUCGUUUCUCCACACGACCUGGACAUCCGAAACACAGACCAGCCUGGAAAUCUCGCCGCACUCGUCAAUGGAAAAACUAAAACAACAAAAGAGCGUCACAUGUGGACAUGUCCGUUUCACCCGCCCGUCCAGCUGUAUUUCAUCAUCAGGAAUGUGGAUCGCUCUCCAGAUUUCACCAUUUCUAGAAUUAAAAUCUGGAAUUAUAACCGAAGUCUCAGUGAUCUGGACGUGGGGGCUCGUAAUGUGCGUGUGUAUGUAAACAGCACUCUUGUGUUUGAGGGGGAGCUGGAGAAGGGUUGUGGGAAUCACGUCUUUGACUACAGCAACUGUGUUGAACUCCAGGAAUCACAGCCCCCAGAGUGCACCUCUCCAAGCCCUGUGUCGUCAAGACACACCCUGCAAGACCCCCGUAACCAUGACGACAUAUCUCAAGAGUCCAGUGCUGGCCAAUCACAUUCCCCUACAGUAGAAACAAGUCCGGAUCAAGACAACCAAUCAGAAAGAAGCGCCGCUCGACCGGUUAACCCUGUGACCGAAAUGCAGAGAGACUCACUAGAGAGCGACUCGUCCCCUUUGGACCUCACUUUGCUGUCGCAGCGGACAGCGGAGGAGUUUCCAGGACGACAGCUGAAGACCGUGACCACGCAGCCGUCUUCCAGUCAGAUUCCAGAUUGGCUUCAGCCGCUGAAUCGGAGCGUUCCGGACGGAGCUGACGGGGGUCAGGAGCGGGAGCGUCCACCCUGGCUCCAACCUCAGAAUACAGAACCCAAACAAUCAGUGCUUCCCGAUAUAUCCUGCAACCCUGUGCGUGCCUGCAAACAGGCAUCCGGUCACAGGGCAGUCGCGCCCCUCGAUAGGACGACAUCCGCUGAAUUCAGCUCAGACUCAUUGGAUUUAGACCCCGAUUUGGGGUUGAAUUUAGCGGCCAAACAUGAAAGAAAACAGAGUACACAGUUAGAACAAGACUCGCAAGAGAGGCACCAAGAUAUGGAUCUGUGGGAUGAGCAGGUCAUGAGGGCAGAGCGACCCGUCAGUGGCAGAAGAAGUUCUGCAAACAAAAGACAAGUACACUACAGCGGUGACCUCAGCAGUGACAUCACGACAACAGAGAAAAGUGUUCCAGCGUCCGGCCGUAACAGAAGACUGAAGCCUCACUGGUGCGAACCGGACGAUCCCUUAAUGGAAUCAUGGGACUCACUAACCAAAUUUAACCAGUGUCAGCGAGGCCGAAUCUCGAACAUGGCUCUGGAGGGAGAUAUUUUCGAUGAGUUCGUCCAGCGGCAGUCUCGCCCGACACCCGUCGCCACCCGUCGGCCCUCUGCACCUGUUCUGGAUUCUGACCCUGAAGAUGACCCCCGUGACCCCGACGAAGACUUUGAAAUCCCGGUUCUACCUCAAGGACGUCAUCUCGUCAUCAACAUCACAUCUACGUGGGGCGACCGGCACUACGUCGGGCUCAACGGUAUAGAGAUUUUCUCCUCCAGCGGCGAGCCGAUCGCGCCCGUCCACAUCACGGCCGACCCGCCGGAUAUUAACAUUCUCCCGGCCUACGGGAAAGAUCCGCGUGUCAUUACCAACCUAAUAGACGGCGUUCAUCGGACGCAAGACGACAUGCACCUCUGGCUGGCUCCGUUCACCCCUGGAUGCAAACACGUCAUCUCUAUGGAUCUGGGUGUUAAGUGUAGCCUAGCGAUGAUCCGUGUUUGGAAUUACAACAAGUCCAGGAUUCACUCGUUCAGAGGGGCACGAGAGAUAGAGAUUCUUCUGGAAGGACGCUUUAUCUUCAAAGGAGAGAUCGCCAAAGCUUCUGGAACUCUCUCAGGAGCAUUGGAUCAAUUCGGCGACACUAUUCUCUUCACGACCGACGAUGACAUCCUGGAGGCGAUGGCUCAGUUUGACGACACGUUUGGGGGUGACAUGGAUGUGGACGGUCCGGGUGUGGAGGAAGAAGAACUGCAGCGGCCGCGGACGGCUGAUGGUGAAGGAGAAGAGAGGCCCUUCACACGGGCCGGAUUCAGACAGAACAGUUCUCUGAUGAGAGCGGAUCAGAAUCCUGCAGAAGAAUCAUUUGCUGAUACUACAGAGGAGACAUCUGGACUUCAUACAGGCAGCACCCUGCAGCUGAAUCUGGUGAUGUCAUGGGGUGACCCUCACUAUAUAGGUUUGACGGGGUUGGAGAUUGUUGAUAAAGGGGGUGAGAGUAUUCCUGUUGAUGUCUCCAUGGUAACAGCAUCACCCCGUGACCUUAACGAACUCCCUGAAUAUAGCAAUGACCUUCGAACUCUGGACAAGCUGUUUGAUGGGGUGAAUAUCACAGCGGAUGACAAGCACAAGUGGCUGAUACCGUACACAUCUGGUUACGAUCACACACUCACGGUGCGGUUCGAUCAGCCUCGCACGAUCGCUGGACUCAGAAUAUGGAACUACAAUAAAUCUCCCGAAGACUCUUACAGGGGCGUGAAGGUUCUUCGGGUGUUUCUAGAUGGAGUAUGUAUUUCUCCUGUCGAUGGAUUUCUCAUUCGGAAGGGUCCCGGGAACUGUCACUUUGAUUUCGCACAGGAGAUUCUGUUCAUAGAUUAUCUGCAGUCUGACACCAGCGGUGCCGCUCAUAACAGAACAUUAACGGAGACUGACACACACACUCACCGGGCUGGUGUCAGGAGAGAUGAAUUGGCCAGUAUGGAUUAUGAAGCCCCAUUAAUGCCUUGUGGAUUCAUAUUUCAGCUGCAGUUGUUGACCACGUGGGGUGACCCGUACUACAUCGGUCUCAAUGGCCUGGAAUUCUAUGACCAGAAUGACCAGAAGAUUCUACUGAGUGACAACAACAUCGCCGCGUUCCCAGACAGCGUGAAUGUUUUAGAUAACGUGUGUGGUGACGUGCGCACACCUGACAAACUGAUCGAUGGAGUCAGUAACACACAUGAUGGGCGACAUAUGUGGCUCGCUCCUGUGCUGCCCGGACUGGUGAACUGUGUCUAUGUCAUCUUUGACAAGCCCAUGACUGUUUCCAUGAUUAAAUUGUGGAACUAUUCCAAAACACCACAGCGAGGAGUCAAAGAAUUUGGGCUUCUCGUUGACGAUCUGUUGGUGUAUAAUGGGAUUUUGGAGUGCGUGAAGCACGUUUCACAAGGAAUUCUGCCAACGCUGGAUCCUGUUGUGCCGUAUCACACCAUAUUGUUCACAGACAACUUGAACAUCACACACAGAGAGAAGAGCAGAACUAUCAGCAAGCAUGUGGAGGACCAGGAUGUGAAAUUGACCAAUGAAAAUCAAAUCAUUCACCAGCACAAGAAGAAACAAACAGCUGACCCAGCUCUGCGGCCCAAAACCUGCAUGACCGACGCACGAAAACAUGGAAAGCGGCGAUACUAAAAGAACCUGACAAACGGACGCUGCACAGAUCGCAAAAGAUUUUAAAUCUUUUUCUUUUCUCCCUUUGAGAAUUUUUAAGGAGAUUCAGUGACCUCAACACACACACACUCCAGUUCGUAUGUAAGUUUUGUAUGAUAUUUCUGUAUAUUUGCUGAUGAUUUUGUUAUGUUUUCGAGUCACUAUACAAAACUGGACUAUUUUAAAGUGUCCUUUUACUCGCAUGAUUUCAGUUUAAAGGGAGAAAAUACCAUGCACAGUAAUAAUCUUCUUUCAAUAAUAAUAUUUCAUGACACAUAAUACUGGUUAUAAUGGUUUACAUUUGUGUUUUGUACAGCCACUUCUAAAUAUUUUAAAUAGACAUCAUCAUAACAUAUUAACAAUAUUUAAACGGUUAUGUUUCCUUUGCCAGUUUAAUUCAAGACACUACGUAUUCCAAAUAUUAUGCAACUACUGCCAAUUUACCUUUAAAGCAACUGUAAUUAUUCUUAAAUAAAUAUCAAAUAUCCUUUUAAAAUGG